GAAUGACCUGAACACCACAUAGCUGGUCAGUCACUUCAGCAGCGAAGGAGACUCUCCAAUUUGACGAGUAUGGGGAAUUGUCAACAGUAUCAUGGUCGGUUGAGGCAGUUGUGGAGGACAUGGCGACUCGAUCUAGCUGGAACGUAUGUUAUCAGGACGGACCGUGUUGGGCAUGGGGACGGGUCAGUAAGAAGUGAAAGGGGAAGCAUUGGUGGAGCACCUCAUUGAUGGCAAGCCACCUGCUAGCAACGGGAGUUUCGAGUCCUGGGAUACAUCCGCAUGAUGAAGAGCCCCAUAUCGAAGCGGGCGGAAGGGAGUGGAUGAUUAGAUGCUCUCAGAGACGUCGACGCGAAGAUGUGUCAUUACAAUUAAUUUUUCAUGAAGCCUCGUCUCCAAAAAAAAUAACUGGCGACAACUAAAUGCUUCAUUCAAAUUGCGCAGUCUCUGUCCGUUAUCUUCCAUCUUCGUAUCCAGUCUCGAGCAUCAUCGUCAAUCGUGCAUGAUGAAUUCUUUCAGACUGUUCCCCCGGGCCUUGUCCAAGGCAGCCCUCCGUCAGUCCUCAGUCCGUUGCGCUUCAACAGCCUCAAGGUUUGCGGCUCGUCGACCAGUAAGGCAGCCAGCAAUGAAAUCGUCCUACCCUGCCUUCUCAACGUCUACACUCCACCGAGAGCCUGCUGGUGAAUUCGACCUAGAACUCGUCGAGAAAUUGAAGAGCGAACGGAGUUUGGAGCUCGAGAAUCCCGAAGAGGGCAAAAAGGAGGCAAUCGACGAGUUUCUGGCAAACAACUCGUGGCAACUACUAGACAAGGAAGGCACGCAUGAGGUCACCUUGACGAAAGAGUUCGGAAAUGAAAAAAUCAAGGUUGCGCUUAGCAUCGCCGACUUCGACAACCUGGCCGACGAGGACGAAUACGAUGGCAUCGAGGAAGACGGAGCGCUUGAUGAUGAAGCAGAAUAUCGCCCGAAGGCCAUCAAUCAGUCUGGUGCGAAGGGAGGCAAAUUCGACAUUAAGCCCGAGGAUAGCAUUGCGCCCGUCGACAGAGAGGGAGACGAGGGCGCUAUGAUGGACGACGGUGCUGGCCCGGCAUAUCCCCUCCAUCUGACCAUCACGAUCACGAAGCCCAACAGCCAGGCCAUCGAGAUCCGAGCUGUGACUACCGAGAACGUCGAGAUCGAGACCAUCACCUUCUUUGCCAAAGACUCCCUAGUCGAGGCGCAAAACCCUAAGGAUGCUCAAGAAGCACGCAGUGUGUAUGCCGGCCCUCCCAUCGGCAACCUCGACCCCGAUCUCCAGGCUAUGCUGGAGAGAUAUCUUGAAGAGAGAGGAAUUGAUGCACAAUUGGCUCAAUUCUUGCCCACGUACGUUGACUACAAAGAGCAACGAGAAUACGUCAAGUGGCUUGGUGAUGUGAAGAGUUUUGUCGAAGCAUAA